CCGCGCCGAGCGCCGAGCGGGGCCGGGCGGGCGCGCGCCGGGCACGGGCCGUUCCGGGGCGGCCUCGCGAUGGCCGAGGGCAGCGCCGUGUCGGACCCGCAGCACGCCGCGCGGCUGCUGCGCGCGCUCAGCUCCUUCCGCGAGGAGUCCCGCUUCUGCGACGCGCACCUGGUGCUGGACGGCGAGGAGAUCCCGGUGCAGAAGAACAUCCUGGCGGCCGCCAGCCCGUACAUCAGGACAAAGUUAAAUUAUAAUCCUCCAAAAGAUGAUGGAUCGACCUAUAAGAUUGAGCUUGAAGGGAUAUCGGUGAUGGUCAUGAGAGAGAUUCUGGAUUACAUCUUCAGCGGGCAGAUCCGCCUGAACGAAGACACGAUCCAGGACGUCGUGCAGGCGGCCGACCUGCUGCUGCUCACGGACCUGAAGACGCUGUGCUGCGAGUUCCUGGAGGGCUGCAUCGCCGCCGAGAACUGCAUCGGCAUCCGGGACUUCGCGCUGCACUACUGCCUGCACCACGUGCACUACCUGGCCACCGAGUACCUGGAGACCCACUUCCGCGACGUCAGCAGCACCGAGGAGUUCCUGGAGCUGAACCCGCAGAAGCUGAAGGAAGUGAUUUCCCUGGAGAAGCUGAACGUCGGCAACGAGAAAUACGUGUUCGAAGCGGUGAUCCGCUGGAUAGCGCACGACACAGAGAUCAGGAAGGUGCACAUGAAGGAUGUCAUGUCGGCGCUGUGGGUCUCGGGGCUGGACUCCAGCUACUUACGGGAGCAGAUGCUGAACGAGCCGCUGGUGCGCGAGAUCGUCAAGGAGUGCAGCAACAUCCCGCUGAGCCAGCCGCAGCAGGGCGAGGCCAUGCUGGCCAACUUCAAGCCGCGCGGCUACUCGGAGUGCAUCGUCACCGUGGGCGGGGAGGAGCGCGUCUCCCGGAAGCCCACGGCGGCCAUGCGGUGCAUGUGUCCCCUCUACGACCCGAACCGGCAGCUGUGGAUCGAGCUGGCGCCUCUGAGCAUGCCCAGGAUCAACCACGGCGUCCUCUCCGCAGAAGGAUUUUUGUUUGUAUUUGGGGGCCAAGAUGAGAAUAAGCAGACGCUGAGCUCAGGAGAAAAGUACGACCCGGACGCGAACACCUGGACGGCCCUGCCCCCGAUGCACGAGGCGAGGCACAACUUCGGCAUCGUGGAGAUCGACGGCAUGCUGUACAUCCUGGGCGGCGAGGACGGGGACCGGGAGCUCAUCUCCAUGGAGUGCUACGACAUCUACUCUAAGGCCUGGACCAAGCAGCCCGACCUGACCAUGGUCCGGAAGAUCGGCUGCUACGCAGCUAUGAAAAAGAAAAUCUACGCCAUGGGCGGAGGGUCCUACGGGAAACUCUUCGAGUCUGUGGAGUGCUACGACCCGCGGACCCAGCAGUGGACAGCGAUCUGCCCGCUGAAGGAGAGGAGAUUUGGAGCAGUGGCCUGCGGCGUCGCCAUGGAGCUGUACGUGUUCGGGGGUGUCCGGAGCCGAGAGGACAUCCAGGGUGGCGAGAUGGUGACCUGCAAGUCCGAGUUCUACCACGAUGAGUUUAAAAGGUGGAUCUACCUGAACGACCAGAACCUCUGCAUCCCCGCCAGCUCCUCGUUCGUGUACGGUGCCGUGCCCAUCGGCGCCAGCAUCUACGUCAUCGGAGACCUGGACACGGGCACCAACUACGACUACGUGCGCGAGUUCAAGCGGAGCACGGGCACCUGGCACCACACCAAGCCGCUGCUGCCCUCCGACCUGCGGCGCACGGGCUGCGCGGCCCUGCGCAUCGCCAACUGCAAGCUCUUCCGCCUGCAGCUGCAGCAGGGGCUGUUCCGGAUCCGGGUGCACUCGCCGUGACCGGGACCCGCCCGCAGCAGAGCCUGACCCGGUGCGCCGGGACACGCCGCCUCGGCACGGACGGGGGCGGCUGCCCGGGUACGGUACCGCCGCCGCCGGCUGGCCCUCGGCUCCUGUCGGGGAGGGCGCGGGGCUGCUGGGGAGCCGCCGGGGAGGGGGCGGCGUGGCGACGGCCCCGGAGGCAGGCGGGGGCUGGGAAACGUCCCGAGGCCAAGGGAAGUGGGUCUCGGCCAGGCCCCGGGUGGAGGCUGUGGGCGCUCAGCUGCCGCCGCCGCAGACCCUGGCUGUGGCCCGCAGCGCCACGAGGAGCCACGCGUGCAGACCAACAUGCCCAAACAUGCCACGGUCGCUUCUCCCCGCUCUCGGAAGGACUGCACGGGCUUGGCCUGCGUGGCAGGCGGGGGUCUGUCCCUCGCGCCCGCCCGGACUCCAUGCCAGCCUGUCGUCUCCAUCUGCCACUAGUCCUGUAACCCUCCAGGCCAUCCCGUGGCCCGAGCUGAGCUCUGGUCUCCCUCCCUCUCCCUCUCCGAGCGUCUGUCCUGGUGACCUGUUGGCGCGGAGGCUCCCCGGGGUGGGGCUUGGCGCCGGGUGGGUGCGCGCGUCACCGUCCUUUCUUCGCAACUGCUCAAAACCGUUUUCCUAAGUGGGAGGUGUUGGUGGAAUCGUCAGGGUCUGCCGGGACCGAGACGGCGUCCAGACCGGAGGCAGAGGGAUCGAACAGGAGCUGCAGCGGCGCUGCGGGGGGGCCAGAGCCCCCCGCCCGAAAGCACACACAGUCUUGUUUACUACGCUUCGGCCCGAAACCCGGCCUCCGAGGCAGGCCUGCGUUAAGAAUCUAGUCUUUUGUAGAAUUUUUCUCAGUGUUGUUGACUAUUAAGAGUUUUAGACAAGUUACGUUACAAGUCAAGUUUGCCUGGUAGAAUCAACUACCUCAACUUAAUUUCCUUCUGUUCCUGGUAGAGCAAAGAGACCCUUUGCCCCCCUCCUUCCCCUGUGUCGCCCCCCCCCAUAGCCCCCAACCCUCUUCCCCCUGGGGGGAGAAGGACUGUUACUGUAGCACUUAUCAGAGAAAGUGCUUUGCUUCCCAGUCAAGUGGUAGCACCUUGGUGUGAAUUUCGGGAAUUCAAAGUGCUUGAUUAAUGUUACUUCUUCAUCAUUUGAAUUUUAUGCAAUAUCAGAUUUCUAAUCGAAGAGUUCUUUGUUUAUAAUUAUUUUCUAUAGAUUUUUUUCACUUAGGGUCUGGCUAUAAGAAGCAGCAUUUUAUCUUGAUGAUUAAUAAAUGUAUAAAUGUAUCCUUUGGUUCUAAAUCUGAGAGGACGGGACGGGAAUCGCUUCUAAAAGCUUCCUGAGUGGACUGUCCACGUGCUGCUCUGGGUGCCCGAGGCAGUGCCCGCUGCGAGCCAGCGCAGAGCAGGGACCUGGCCCUGCCCUCGGGGGCCUGUUCCAAGGCCGAGUCCUGCAGGCGCCUCGCCCGGGGAUGCCAGGGCGGGUGCUGUGGUGCACGGUCACGGCCCCAGGUCAGAGGCACUGGGCCGGGUGUGCGUGCCUGCAGGCCCGUCACACGUGAUGGGGACACGGGGACGCGAGCCUGGACCCUGCUCUGUGGGCUGCACCCUCCCGGGGGCCCCUGGGCCCCGUUGGCAGGGCCGGCUGCGUGGCCGCUGUGGACAAAGAUGCUUUCUCCUUCCGGCUUAGCUGAGGGAGGGGGUCUUCCCCGGGGGCGCCCAGCCGCUGCCUCGGGCCUUCCUCUGCUUCCUCCCCAAGGCUGACAUUCCUGCUCCGUCGGUCAGGAGUGUGUGGGUCCCUCUUGCAGUGUCCGCAGUGCCCGUGUGAGCCGGUCGGGCACUUGAGAAAACAGCAGUCUCGUUUUUAAAUUCAGCUCCUGGACACUGUCGCUGCAGGAAGUAGGCGCUGUUUUCUCUUCCAAGCAGUUUGCCAGAAAAUAUGGGAUGCAAUAACCAACAAAAGCUGCUGAGUGCCAAACUGUUCCUUUACUUAAAUCUGAAAGUAUGGUGUCGACAUAUAGGGAGGUAUUUCAUUUUACCGUGUUCCAGAAUGAACUCUGACCCUUGGGAGAUGACAGUUGUUUCAGUGUUGUGAGAUGGAUGUUAAGCCCUUGAGCAGGUUUGUGUUUUAACAUUCCACGUAUGCCUUGAAACAUCUUUUAUUGAUGAAUUUUUUGGGGUCCUUCUCCUUUGGGCACUUUGACCAAGUGUAUUUAGAAUUAGUGGCUGAGGGCCUAUCUUAAAUUUUUAAAGUAUAAUUAUCUUUGGGGGAAGUGCAAUUUAUUUUCCUUAUCCCACCAACAGAAGGAAAAUUGUCUCAGGUUAGAGUAGGUGAGUAUUUAAAGGAUCUCUCCUUGGCUACAGUCUAAAGUGGGUUGUUUGUUUCUUCAUUUAACACAUCCAAAUAUAGAUUUUCUUUUCAGAGAUUUAAGUGUUUCAUUUGAAGUGAAGUUAGUUUUGGUUUGUGUGAGUACUUAUAUCCCGUGAGGGGAAAGUGUGAGGUGUGUGUGUGUCUGUGUGUCUGUGUGUCUGCAUGUGACUCAGUUGGUACUAGUCCUUUUUGAAUUGUAGUUCUAAACUACACAGAUGACCGUCUCCUGGUGCUUCCAUUUAUACUACUGUGUAAAACUCUCGUGGACUGUAAAUACUAAAAUAGUUCUAGUUUGCAGUAAGUUUUAUUUGGUGUUUGCAUUUCUCUGCUUCACUGGGCUGAUACACAGUGUGUACUAGCUAGUCGUUGGUCUGCGGUAAAGAUUUGGCGUAAGAAGAAAUUGCUCACUGGGGCUGGAGCGAUAGCACAGCGGUAGGGCGUUUGCCUUGAAUGCAGCCGAUCCAGGUUCGAGUCCCAGCGUCCCAUAUGAUCCCCCAAGCACCGCCAGGAGUAAUUCCUGAGUGCAUGAGCCAGGAGUAACCCCUGUGCAUCUCUGAGUGUGACCCAAAAAGUGAAAAAGAAA